UUCUAUUCCUAUUUCGCUUCCCUCCUCUCCUCUAUCUCUCUCUCUCUGCAAAAAAAUAACCUAAAAAAAAAUAGAAAAUCAAAACCAAAAAUAGAAAACCCUCGUUGGAUUUCUCCAUUUGCGUCUGUUGUGAUCAAAACCCUAAUUCCUACACUAACACCUCAGUUUCUGUUGGUGUUUGUGUUCUAUCAAUUCGUUUCGUUUUAAUUUGCAUCCUUCGAUCUUCACAGCUGCAAUGGCCAAUGCUCCUCCAACUGCUGCACAGCCAAUCCAACCACAGUCUUCGCUGCAGCAGCAACAGCCGCAAGUGCAGACUCAAGGAGCAGGGUUCGGCAACGCUUCUCUGUAUGUUGGGGAUCUCGACCCAUCAGUUGGCGAAGCCCAACUCUAUGAUCUCUUUAGUCAGGUUGCUCCAGUCGUAUCGGUUAGGGUUUGCAGGGAUCAGAUCAGAAGGGUCUCUCUUGGUUAUGCUUAUGUUAAUUACAACACCACUCAGGAUGCUAGUAGUGCAAUGGAGACUUUCAAUUUUUCGCCCAUCAAUGGAAAACCAAUAAGGAUUAUGUUCUCACAUCGAGAUCCUAGCAUUCGAAAAAGUGGACAUGCGAAUGUAUUUAUUAAGAACUUGGACACAUCCAUAGAUAACAAGGCAUUGCAUGACACCUUUGCCGCCUUUGGUUCUGUACUGUCUUGCAAGGUGGCUACUGAUAACAAUGGUCAGUCAAAAGGAUAUGGGUUUGUACAGUUUGAUUCGUCGGAUGCUGCACAAAAUGCCAUUAAUCGGCUGAAUGGGAUGCUGAUAAAUGAUAAACAAGUCUAUGUUGGUUUUUUUAUUCGUCGUCAAGAAAGAGAUCAGGCGAAUGGUUCUCCAAAGUUUACGAAUGUAUAUGUAAAAAAUUUGGCUGAAACAACUACUGAUGAGGACCUUGAGAAAGUUUUUGGCAAGUAUGGUCCCAUCACUAGUGCAGUUGUUAUGAGGGAUGCGAAUGGAAAUUCUAGAUGCUUUGGUUUUGUUAAUUUUCAGAACCCAGAUGAUGCUGCUUCUGCGGUUGACUACUUGAAUGGAACUACUUUUAAUGAUGACAAGGUUUGGUAUGUGGGAAGGGCUCAGAGGAAGUCUGAAAGAGAAUCUGAAUUGAAGGCCAAAUAUGAACAGGAAAGAAAUGGUAGGCUAGAAAAACUUCAAGGGGCCAAUUUAUAUCUGAAAAAUCUAGAUGAUAGUAUCAAUGAUGAAAAACUGAAGGAAUAUUUUUCAGAAUUUGGAACUAUUACAUCCUGCAAGGUCAUGCUUGAUCAACAAGGCCUCAGCAAGGGAUCUGGUUUUGUUGCAUUUUCUACUCCAGAGGAAGCUAGUCGAGCUGUAAAUGAAAUGAAUGGAAAGAUGAUUGGACGGAAACCUCUUUAUGUCGCUGUGGCUCAACGCAAGGAAGAAAGGAAGGCAAGGCUUCAGGCACAAUUUUCUCAGAUGCGGGCUCCUGGUGCAAUGGCACCUGUGCCAUCGGGAAUGCCCGGAUUUCACCCUGGGCCUAGGCUUGCUCCUCAGCAGUUGUAUUUCGGUCAAGGCUCGGGUCUUAUUCCACCACAGCCUGCAGGAUAUGGCUUCCAGCAGCAACUCUUGCCUGGGAUUCGGCCUGGCAUUGCUCCAAACUUCAUAAUGCCAUACCACCUUCAGAGGCAAGGACAACCUGGACAACGGAUGGGUAUGAGGAGGGGUACAAAUCCACAACAGAUGCAGCAGCAGCAGUUGAUGCAGCGUAAUGCGAAUCAAGGAUUUAGAUACAUGCCAAAUGCACGUAAUGGAUUGGAACCAUCUUUGGUACCUCAGGGACUUAUGGGUCCUAGGGUGCCUUUGUCACUAGAUGUGUCUGGGGUGCCUGUAACUCCAAUGGAGGCAUCACGGCCUGGACCAGUUCCCAUUCAAACACUUGCCUCGGCUUUAGCUUCUGCAACCCCAGAGCAACAACGCAUGAUGCUUGGGGAGCAAUUGUUUCCGCUUGUUGAACGUGUUGAGCCUGACGUUGCGGGAAAAGUCACUGGGAUGUUGUUGGAAAUGGAUCAAACAGAAGUCCUCCAUCUCAUAGAAUCACCAGAUGCUCUGAAGAAAAAAGUUGGUGAAGCAAUGGAUGUUCUCCGACUAGCAGCUGCAGGAACAGAUGCUGCUGACCAGCUUGGAUCAUUGUCCCUGAAUGAUUGACUGUGAUUUGAUUGGGUAUUGCAAACCGUGUGUGUGUGUGUUAGUAGGGGCCCAUUUUUUUGAUAGAGGGCUUGAUGGGGAGCUUUCAUUGUUUGGGGUUGUCUUUUAAAAACUAUUCUGAUAGGUAACCUUAAUUAGUUGGGUUGAAACUUUUUUGGGGCUUGGACAUGCCAUGGAUUCAUGGAAUAGAUUUAGUGACUUUUUCUA